GAAAUUUUAGAACCAACAAAAUCUUCUUCUUCAUUCUCCUUCUUCCUCCAUUCUCUAUAUCUCCAAAACCAAAACCCACCCCCAAAAGAAAAUCUCUAUCCCUCACCAUGUCAUUACCUUCCUCCCAACUCACCUUUCUCUCCACCGCCUUCUCCUUCUCCUCCUUCUCCCCCCCUCCACGGACCCACAACCUUCGUCUCCUCCAUUCCUCCAAUCCCCUCAUCUCUUGCAAGCUCCCCCCCCCUUCCCAUGAUCCAAAGGGAAAUGAGAAUCGGGUCGCGAACCUUGCGAUUGUUACUUUAAUGGCUGGGGUUCUGACAUUGGGAUCGGUUCAUGAUGCUUCCGCCGCCAAGACUGGCGGUCGAGUCGGCGGCCAGGCCUUCCGUUCGGCGGCUCCUCGGCCCUCUUCCCCGAGAAUCAACAAUAAUUCUAGGACAAAUAUAUACAUAAAUCCAAGAGUAGCACCACCAUUAGGUGGGUAUGGGUAUGGAUAUGGUGUACCAUACUAUGGUGGUGGAUGGGGAUGGUCACCAUUUUCAUUCUUUGCACCUUCCCCAGCAGUUGCUGUUGGCAUUGGAGGAGGUCUUGAUGUUCUUUUCUUCUUCAUAUUGCUUGGUACUGUUGCAGCUUUUGUGAGAAGAAUCUUUGGAAGAAGGGAAGAAGACGAUGAUGAUUAUUAAUAACACUCAAAGUCCUUGGAUGGAAUGUUGGGUUCACACUUUUAAACUUAGCUUCUUAGUGGGAGAGUUUUUCUUCGUCCUAUUUGUAUUAGAGGAGAUGCUAUGUAAUUAAAAAGCUUAAUGUAUAAAAUGUAUAGCCAUUUAUCAAAAGUACACUCACUAAAAAAAUAUUCUAAAUAUUCAAAUACCUUCACUUUAUUUUUUGUUA